GGGGGAAGGCGGCGGGAAGGCGGCGGCCAUGGCGCUCUCGGCCCUGCAGCAGGUGCUGGUCUCGGCCGUGCUCGUGCUCUGCGUCUUCAUCGUCACGCCCAGGAUGUUCGGGGGAGGAGGCGGCGGGCGGCCUGGCCGGUCCCCGCGGGGCGGCAAGGCUGGCCCCGGCCAUUACGAUCUCCGUCAGCACGGCAGAGGUAGUCCUCAGACAGUUUAUCAAGUUCACCGGAAACCAGGAAAUUCUGACAGUAAUACUUUCCAGAGUAUUCAACAGAUGAGAAAUGCAAUGGAAAAAGAGAUAAAAAGUGAGAGAACGAGAGGAAAUGGUCGAGAGUUAGCGUUCACCCUCAUGCCAUUGUAUGCUCUUGGAGUGGGAAUGUUUGCAGCCUACAAACUUCUUAAGAUGAAGUCUCAUGAAGAAAGUCACUCCAAAAAGGAAAAAAGUACAGAAGACAAGGCGAAGGAAGCAGAGCAUCAGCUUUUAGAACUGGAGCAACAUCUAGCACAGACAGAGAAAAUGUUAAAUUCUUUAUUGACUCAGUUGGAUCCACUUUCAAACUGUGUCAAUGCUUUAGCUUGUGAGCAGAAAGAUGAAAUAAUGACACAGCUCCAAUCAAUUAGACGACUGAUGAAAGAAAGUGGAUUAGAUAAAUCAGAAAACAAGAUGAAAGAUCUUGGACACAUUUGUGAUGAGAAGCUUGAAGAUCUCAUUCAGUCAUUUGCUGAACAUUCUCAAGAGAAAGAAAUGGACAACAGAGAAGAUGACUGUAAUGAAGAUUUGCUUGAGGAUAUUGAUAAUGAUUACAAAAUAGAAGAGCAUGAAUUACACGGUGAAUAUGAAAUACAUCAGUUGGAGCCAGAUGUUGUAGAAGACAAAGAAAUGAUAAGCAAAGAUGCCAUUGAAUCAGAAGAGAUGGGACUGAGGAGACGCAAUAGAUAUGAGUGGAAUCUGCAUAUGUAAAACUUCCAAAAGCUUAUGACAUCUUUUUAUAAUGUUGUAUGCACUUUAAACAGAAAUGAAGUUAUGUGCACUGCUAUAUGCUUUAAAAAGAGGGGUGAAAUACUGCCUCUGCUCGUAUCUCUGACAAUUCUGUAACUGACUUCAGUGGCAGCAGAAUUUUACUCAGGAUGUUUACAUAUUUUUUCUAUUUAUUUUUCCCUAUAAAAAUAUUUCUGUACUCUGUAUAUAAUGCACUGUAAUUAUAUCUGAUGCUUCACUAAAAUAUUACAGUAUCUUCUUGAGACUAUAAAGAAUAGAUGUUUCCUAAAUGUUUUGUAACUAGAAAGCAUUAUGCUACUUGAACUGUGACUUUCUCGAGUUCAUUAAAGAGCAUGCACUGACGAAUUCA